CCGGGCUAGAUAUUAUCAGUCAAACCAUUUUUGUGUAGAGAAUGACCCGGUUUGUCACAUAUAUGUGGCCCAUCAUCAACCGAGUAUGUAGACAAUUUGUGUUUAUUCCACAGUGUAAUAUUUUAAGGGAUUUUCCUCAUUUAGCCAGCUAACAAGCUAGCUAGCUAAAUAACCCCGACUCUUCAUAAAUGUAACGAGCCGUGUUACAUAGCUGCCACGGACGAGGCAGACAAUUUGUUCGUCGUGCAGCCCAUUUUUAUUUUGUUCUUUGGUACGUUUUCUUUACUACUACACUCCAAAAAUGGAGUGUAAAUAAAUAUUGCUAUAUAUCGCUCAGGGAUAUCGUCAGAUCUGUCGGGGCUAGGAGGAGAUUCGAUUUUUUUUCCGGCCGGGGAUAAUAUGUCCAGGCGAAAACAGACCAACCCCUUCAAAGUUAAUUGGCUGUUCCCGGUGGGUCUGCAGGGCCCUGAGCUCGGUCUGGAGAUGGAGGGCAGGGAGGACUACGCGGAGGACAGCGAGUGCCACAGCAACAAUUCCCAAGAGGCCGAAGAGCAGGACAGCGUGACAGAGGACAGUGACAGCUACCUGGACAACCCUGGGGAAGACGACUCCUCCAGCACCUCUGCUGACGACAACAUGACCGGGACCAAGAGCGGGUGCCCCCUGCAGGAGGGAGGGGUAAAGGAGGAGAGUGAGGAGUGGGGAGACCUGAGUAAUGGUUACCUGUGUCCUCUCUGUACCCUGGAGUUCAGCAGCCCGGAGCAGCUCAUCGCACAUGUGUACCAGCACACGGCGAUGGUGGGCGGCAGUAAGAGCUACGUGUGCCCGGUGUGUGGGCGGGCGCUCAGCUCCCCCGGGUCCCUGGGACGGCACCUCCUCAUCCACUCAGAGGACCGCCUGUCCAACUGCGCCGUGUGUGGGGCACGCUUCACCGACACCAGCAACUUCAACAGGGAGAAGCUGCGGGAGGUGCUGGGCACGAGCAGCAUGGAGAGCAGCAGCAGCAGCGACGAGGCGUGCCCCAUGUCCCAGGCCCUCUGCGGCGCCCCCGUGCCCGACUCCAGCCCGGGCCCGGCCCUCCCCUCGCUCCCCGACAGCCUGCUGUCCCCCGGCCCCGCCCUGCCGCCGCUCCCCGACUCCCUGAGCCUGCCGCCGCUGCCCGACGUGCUGCCCCCGCUGCCCGUGUACCCCGCCGGCGCCCUGCUGGUGUGCAACAGCUGCGUGGCCUACCAGCAGCUGGCGGAGGCGCAGUCGCCCGGCGUGCGCAAGUGGGCGGCCCGGCGGCGGAACGAGCCCGCGGAGGCGCGGCAGCAGCGGCUGGAGCGCGAGCGCGCCGCCAAGAAGACCAAGCGGGCGCGCGAGUCGGCCGAGGAGCGGGAGCUGCGGCGGCUGCGCGACCGCGAGGCCAAGCGGCUGCAGCGGCUGCAGGAGACGGAGGAGCAGCGCGCGCGGCGGCUGCGCCGCGACCGCGACGCCAUGCGGCUGAAGCGCGCCAGCGAGACGCCCGAGAAGCGGCAGGCGCGGCUGGUGCGCGAGCGCGAGGCCAAGCGGCUGAAGCGGCGGCUGGAGAAGAUCGACCCGUCGCUGCGCGCGCAGAUCGAGCACGACCCCGCCGCCGUGGCCGCGCUCACCGCCGACAUGAGCCUCUUCCAGUUCCCCUGCCCCGCCCUGGACAGCAGCCUGUUCAUGAAGCUGCCGUAG